AUGCCGAACUGGGGAGGAGGAGCGAAGUGUGCGGCCUGCGAGAAGACAGUUUAUCAUGCAGAAGAGAUUCAGUGUAACAGCAGGAGCUUCCAUAAGACCUGCUUCAUCUGCAUGAGCUGCAGAAAAGGGCUGGACAGCACCACGGUGGCAGCACAUGAGUCUGAGAUCUACUGCAAGUCAUGCUACGGCAAGAAAUAUGGGCCAAAAGGCUACGGAUAUGGGCAGGGAGCCGGAGCUCUGAGCUCUGAUCCUGGACAGGAUGCAGAUCUGCAGCCUCAAGACUCUAAACCUCGUCCAGCCUCUUCAAACCCUACCACCAAUAAAUUCUCCCAGAAGUUCGGAGGUUCUGACCGCUGCCCUCGAUGCUCUAAAGCAGUCUACGCUGCAGAGAAGGUGAUGGGAGCAGGAAAGCCAUGGCAUAAAACCUGUUUCCGCUGUGCUCUGUGUGGUAAAAGUCUGGAGUCCACCACAGUGACAGAUAAGGAUGGAGAGCUGUACUGUAAAGUGUGCUACGCCAAAAACUUCGGUCCUAAAGGCUUCGGUCUGGGGAACGCCGCCAUGUUGGAGGAGCAGCAGUGAACACGUCUGGCUUUAAUAAACCUCAAACUCUUUACAUGGCAGCUGUUUCAGAGGACGCUCAGCUUUUAUCUUCACACUGGAUCAUGUUUGUAAUAGAUGAUAGAGGCCACAUUGUCCUGAAAAUUGAACAAAUUGUGCACAACAGUUGUGAUUUUUGAGGCUAAUU